UCUUCAUCCAACAUCGUUAAUUUGGUACGAAAAGGGCCUGGCAUCAGAUCUCACAAUGGCCUCCCAGACGAAGAUGUUCUCGGGACCUCAAUUGGCCCUUUUCCGGCCGACCUGUUUAUCAACGACUUUUACGGCCUCUCCGCUAUCACGGUGCUUCUCUACAACCUCCCCGGCUCUUGACUGGCUCACUCCGAAGUUUAUGGAAACGUCGAAAUCUCCCAAAGGUCGCCCACACGUUGCGACUGGCGGUUCUUCUCGGGGUACGACUGUCGUCUGGGGCGACUACGGUUUGCGCAUGAAGGACCAUGACCGCCGACUACCGGCUGCGUCGCUCAAAAUCGCAGAGGAAACUAUUAAAAGACGUCUAAGAGGAAUGAACUAUACACUGUACAAGCGUGUAAGCGCCAAUAUCGGUGUGUACACCAAGGGUAACGAACAGCGUAUGGGUAAGGGUAAGGGAAAGUUCGACUACUGGACGGCGAAGGUCGCGGUCAGCAGAAUUGUUUUUGAGCUCAAGGGCGAUAUCCACGAAAAGAUUGCCAGGGAAGCUUUCAGAUUGGCUGGCCACAAGUUGCCCGGUAUGUGGGAGUUUUGCAAGAAGGGCGAUCCCCCGGUUGUCGGUAUCACCAAGCUCGGCAAUGGUGUGACCCUUGAAAGCCUCAAGCGGCCACGCCGAAGCCCAGCUCUGGGUACGGAAAAGAUGUCUUCUCCACCCAGCUCAACAUCGUCUAGCCCCUCUGCUUCUCAGUAAAUGAAAUGCAUAUAUUCCAUCUGACCCUAUUAUUACAUUAUUUGCAUCCGGCAAACUUUAAGCCCCGACGCCGGAACCAGGUCCAUAUCCCUGUUGUCUCCUAGUCCUCGCUGCUUCUGCAUCGCCGUCUUGGGUCUCAGGCUUGAGGUCUUGUGUAUAUUAUCAUCAGCUUUUGGUUCUUCUUUGAAUGUUUUAUUCCCACAUGUGUCGAUGUCUUAUACACGGAGUUAGUUUGAAGGAAACCAAAGAUCAACUGUACCUUUAUCCGCUACUCCUAAGACGUCUGUCUGGCCUGAGAAUCUUCUUGCCCAUUCGGCAUCCUCAUCUUGGGCCGGCGUAUUGGUGCCUGAGUCCCAUAUGCGUCUCAUUUCACUCCUCGUAUGCGGAAUAUUUCCUUGGUAUGGUCAGUAGCGAGUUUAGACAGGGCAGCCUUGCGAAGCAGAUGCGCCAUACCCCCCA